GAAAAAAAGAGCCUCGUUCCUUAUCUAGGGUUCCUUGGGGCAACGCCCCAACUGUACCUGAGGGCGCCAAUUGCCACCAUCCAGUGCUUCCCCCUCUGCACCACCCCUUGCUCCGCGCGUGCAGCGGCAGCCGCUUCCCCCAGCAGCUCUCCGGCGAGGCUGCCGUCUCCGCCGGGAGCGGCCGCGCCGUGGCGAGGCCGCCGGCGUCUGCCAGGACCGACGGCGGGCCAGCCAGCAUGCUCUCCACGAGCGUGGACCCGUUUGACGUCGCCAGGGAAGAGGUGGAGGCGGCAGUGCGGAAAGUUCAGUUCAUGCACAAAGAGUGGAGGCGGCUCCUGGAGGCCGAGAACACCGCGGAGAGCCGGCGCUUCGAGGAGACCUGCAGGCGGAGCUGCGGGGCGAGCUGCAGCAGCUGGACUACGACCUGCAGGAGGUGGACGGGAGCAUUGCCACCGUGGAGGAGAACAG